CAACCAAUCCUUAUGAAAAAUAUUAUAAUAGAAGGUUGUGGUUAGAAUAUGAAAUAAAGGAUCAGAAAAAUCCAUUAUACACUUUAUUUAAACAAUCUCGUUAUUUAAAAUAUAUAAUGACUCAAUAUGAAAGAGAGAAUAAUAUUGAAUCAAUACCCUGUAAAGAAAUUAAAACAUUUUUUCAACGUUUAAAAAAUUAUAACGAGUUACCAUCAAUUAAACAACAUUUUAAUAAUACGGAGAAUGGAUAUGCGUCAAUUACAUUAUUGAUAGAAAACAUGAUAGAAGUAUUACAUCAUACACCAAGAAAUAAUAUAAAAGAUAUAGAAUUAACAAGAAAUCUUGAUAUAUUAUUUAAGGAUUGGCCAAAAGAUCAAAAAGAAAUUGACGAAAAUGAUCCGAUAUUAAAUUUUGAUGUAUCUAAUAUUAAUUUAGUAAUGAAUGUUUGUGAUGAAUUAAAAACUUGCAUCGAAAACUUACUAGAAGAUAAUGGUUCUUUUGAUAAAGAAGAAGUAGGAGGAAAUGUUAAUUCUAAAUUGGUUUACUAUAUUAAACAUUAUAAUGAAAUACAAAUUAAUGAAACUAAUGAAAGUGAAGAAGAGAUCGUUGUGACCACUAGUGAAAGUUCUAAUGCAAGUUCAAUUAAAGCAAGCAAUACUAAACGUGCUAAAUUUUCUUUAAGAAAAAAAAAUGAUGAAAAACCGAAGG